GGAACGCACGACAUUGAACCCGUGCGCAGGGAAGGAGGACGGACGCAUAGCGGGGCAGAGGCAGGACGACGGCAGCCGAGCACCGAGCGCAGGAGCCAAGAGUGUGUGUGCGUGUGUGCGUGUGGAGAUAUUUGGAGUUGGAGGAGGACGCUGGUACUUUUUUUGGAUCACUGGUGGAAAAUAUAAACCUCCCUCCCAACAAAAUAUCCACAGACGGAUUAUUACAUACACGCAGAUAUGAGUGAAGAUAAACCAACCGAGACUGUGGAAACUGCUCCUGCGGAGGGGAACGCUAUUCCUAAUGGGAAAGGCCAUGACCCCGGUGAGGACAUCACCGCGUCGGCCAAAAGCCCAGCAGCAGGGGACAGUGGAAAAGAAACUGUACCCAAUAGUACCAUGAAUGACAGUCCUCCCAGAACUGAGAACAGUGCGGUCAACCUCCCAGAGAGCCAGGAGUUCUUAUCCGAGGUGGAGGACAAAAAUACCAUACGCUUCACAGAUUUUGAAGGAAAAACCUCGUUCGGGAUGUCCGUCUUCAACCUGGGCAACGCCAUCAUGGGAAGUGGAAUCCUGGGUCUGGCCUUCGCCAUGGCCAACACAGGUGUCGUCCUGUUUCUGGUCCUUCUGACAGUGGUGGCCGGCCUCUCAGCAUAUUCCAUCCAUUUGCUGCUGAAGUGUUCUGGUAUCGUAGGUAUUCGUGCGUAUGAGCAGCUCGGCCAAAGGGCAUUCGGGACCCCGGGGAAAAUGGCGGCAGGUAUUGCUAUCACACUGCAGAACAUUGGAGCCAUGUCUAGUUACCUGUACAUAGUCAAGUCCGAGUUUCCUCUGGUCAUCCAGGCCUUUCUGAAUGUGGAUAAACCUGCAGGUGAAUGGUACAUGAAUGGAAACUACCUGGUCAUCAUUGUAUCUAUUGCUGUAAUAUUACCACUGGCUCUAAUGAAACAGCUCGGAUACCUGGGAUACACGAGCGGCUUCUCCCUGUGCUGCAUGGUUUUCUUCCUGGUUUCGGUCAUCUACAAGAAGUUCAACAUCCCUUGUCCGUUUGUGGACUUUGUAUUCAACGGAACCGCCAGCGUCCUGAACAUCACUGCUAUGGACCCUGGCGGGGAGGAAAACCCUGCUUGUAUUCCCAAAAUGGCCAACCUCAACUCGCAAACGGCCUACACCAUCCCUAUCCUGGCGUUCGCCUUUGUGUGCCACCCUGAGGUCCUGCCCAUCUACACCGAGCUGCGCAAUGCCACCAAGAAAAAGAUGCAGCAUGUGGCCAACAUCUCCAUUGCAGUCAUGUACAUCAUGUACUUCCUGGCUGCUCUAUUUGGAUACCUAACUUUCUAUGGUGAGGUGGAGUCGGAGCUGCUUCACACCUACAGCCGCAUCGACCCGUACGACAAUCUGAUUCUGUGUGUGCGCGUGGCCGUGCUCACUGCUGUCACACUCACUGUACCCAUCGUGCUCUUCCCCGUCCGGAGAGCCCUUCAGCAGAUGCUGUUUCCCAACAAGACCUUCAACUGGCCUCGCCACAUCGUCAUCGCCAUCAUUCUGCUCACGUGCAUCAACCUGCUUGUCAUCUUUGCCCCGAGCAUCCUGGGCAUCUUUGGGAUCAUUGGUGCCACAUCCGCCCCCUGUCUCAUCUUCAUCUUCCCUGCUGUCUUCUACAUCCGUAUUGUUCCCAAAGAAGAGGAGCCGCUGAGCUCGUGGCCCAAAAUCCUGGCUUUCAUUUUCGCUGGGAUCGGCUUCCUGUUUAUGAUAAUGAGCCUCAGCUCUAUCAUCAUUGAUUGGACGUCGGGUUCCAGUAAUGCCAGCAGUGGCCACUAGGCACCACAUUCCCUCCUCCUUUUUUUCAGGUUUUAUAUUGUUGAUUUAGACCUGUGUUGUAAUGUUACCGUGUUUUCUCUGGAUCAUGUGUGGUGUUGAAGAUGCCCUCUGUGUUUUCCGUUAGAAACGUUUAGAGUCGAGAGCUCGGGACGAAUCUCUGUCCCUCCGCAAACGCUCUGGCUCUGAUUACGUUGAGUCGUACUGUAACAUCCUGCCAAACAGUGCACCUCCAGGCCGGUAAACUUUGUCGGAAAGCUGAAGGUGAAUUCACUGAGAGGCCGGGUGCGGAGCGAUUGGUGUUGACACAUUGGAGGCUGUGCCUUGUGAAAUGGAUGUAAAAACUAAAAAAAAACUAAAAAAAAAGCUCAGUCAUAAUGUAGAAUGCUGCUGUCUGUAUACACCUCCCCUUGCCGUCCGUGCAUCAUUGAUUUGUAAACUGCUCCUCAGAUCAGAAAACAAUUGAAUAAUAGACAAUUCUUAUAUGAUUGCUAUGUCUAUUAAUAUUUUUAUUUUAAGUAUUUUGAAUAACUGUAUAUUUGCUAUUCUCUGCAACUGCAGAGGGAAGUGAUACUAAAAGCUGAUGCACAGAUUAAAAGAUGAAUUAAAGGAAUAGUUCAAAAUGUCUGCUUAUCAGCUUGACACCAGGCUUCCUUAGCUUAGUAUGAAGACGGGAAAAUGUUUGAACUAUUCCUUUAAUGUGUGCAGCCCUUAUCUCCAGCUCCACUAACUUGUGCUGUUGUUGUUUAUUUAAUAGCAUUUAAGAGUCUCACCUUUUACAGAGCAGGGUGCAGAACCACUGAGAGCCUGUGGUGCGGCGCUGCAAGCACAUUUAUCAACACAUUCCUAAACAAUAUAUAUCUAUAUAUAUAUAUUUUUUAAUAAUACCAGUCUCUACUUGAUUGAAACCUCAGACGAUGCAGUAUGGACUGAUCAAUGUAGGAGAGGCAGGUUUCAGGUGACAGAUCUCCAUAUAUAAAAAGGCCUGUAGUGUGCAGAGAGAAUCUUCUUUUUCAGUAUAACUGCACACAUGACAGUGAUAAAUGGUACCAGAGACCAAAGGUGGAUUAUAAACUGAUAAGGUAAAUGAAAAGAAGAAAGUUCCUCUUCGUCCUCAGGCGGGACGAGGAGGAACUGGCCGAUCGGUUUGGCUUGUUUCUGAAAAUUCACUGGAGGUAAUCAGAGAUAAAACAACAACAGGGUCACUUCAUGAAGUGGUUAACAGCAGUGUGGGAUCUGUAAAUAGUUCUGUGUCCAGCACAAGCUCGAUCCCGACCUGGGAUUGACCGUCUCUUUAACAAUCUUGAAAUGUUGGUGGUUAGAAAUAGCACUGUCCUCUGAAAAGCACAAAAUUCUUGUAGCCGUUUAAACAGCAAAUAAUUCGAGAGAGAUUUUGCUCACAUAAACUAAUGAUAUUUCAAUGCAUAUCCCUUUGUAUGACUAAAUCUGUCAAUUGAAUUAAUCAAUCUAAUGUAGAUUCAGAGGAAAUUAUCAAUGUAUCAAUGAUAUAAUAUGGAUGUCUUCUCGAACAUUACUUGAACUGAUGUUGUUACCUAUAGCAUUUCCUGUGAGCCCCCCGCGACCAUCAGCGCCAUCCUCUGGUCUGUUUUGUAGACGCAACGACAAACUAGGUGGAUGGACUGUUGGAGGUUUUUAAGUGUCCGUGCUGUUUUAAAAAAUGAAAACAUGGCUCCACUGUAUUUGAACUAUAGUACCUGUAUGCAUUUGUCUUGUAAACCUGGACCUAUGACCCGAUCACAAGAAUUAAUAUAAUUCAUAGCCUUGAUAUAUUAACUGUUGUUUUAAACUUCACGUUUAAUGUUUAUUCGGCGUAUCAGUUGAUUCUGAAUCAGUGAUGAAAUGCAAGAUGCGAAACCUGUCAAUGAUUGUCUUCUCUUGUAUUUUUUUUAUUAAACCUGUUAUCAUCAGCGGCUUGGAUUAGGUCUUUCCUCGCCGCUCGUUGGCAGACAUUUACCUACUAACUCAGAGUUGUUAGUGAGCUGGUGUACAGGUUAAAAUCUUCUUCCACCUGACUACAGUGAGUGCUGUAUGGGUAACUGAGUGUCGUCCUGUCCGUGUAUCACACAACAAACCUCUUCUAAUCAAUUUGUAUUUGAUUGUAUCCAGGCCUUUGGUUGUCUAUGUGUAUCUGUAUGCAGAGGGAAACAUCUGAAUCAGCCACAUUGGUGUCAUCAAGUGUUACUAAGCCAAUGAGUGUGUUAUAUCUAUCCCCAACUUCCUGUUUUUGCCUACGAUGAAGCCAUUUGGUAAAUUAAGUCAAAUACAAACAACACACACACACACAUACACUUCAAAACCUCACAACAUGCAAAAAGAAGUGAAGGGAAACGCCAGUGGCUGAUACAAGAUGAUCUUUGGGGACCUGUAUUCAGAUCUCAGUGAUGUCAGUCUCCCUCUUUUUGUGUGAUUUAUUGAAACGUGUGUGAUUGAAUAGCGACAAAAAGUAUCGACACCGGCCAGCAAUUAUAAAUAAUGUAUAUAAAUGUAUACCCUUUAUAUAUUCUAUAUGCAUAUCUAGUUUGUAUAAUGUAAAUAGUAAUUCAAAGUUUUAGUCCAAUUAAAAUAUAAAUGUAAUCAUUUUCAAAGUGCUUUUAAACCUUUUGGUCCUUCGAUUCCUGUCUAUUUUCUUGUAUCUCUAUAUAUUUUAAUAUGUUUCUGGCAGUUAUUGUACUGUAAACAAUGUUGCAAUAAAGAUAAAGAGGUAACAUAA